AUGCGUCCAAUUAGAGCGCUCUUUCUAGCCAUCCUGGCCGCACUCAUGGUGCUGUCUUUCCAGUUAACACCGCCUGCCACCGGCUCGUCCUCCGGCACUCCUACCAGCACCUCGCCCGCCGGCACGCCUACCAGCACCUCGCCCGCCGGCACGCCUACCAGCACCUCACCCGCCGGCACGCCUACCAGCACCUCGCCCGCCGGCACGCCUACCAGCAGCUCGCCCUCCGGCACUCCUGCCAGCAGCUCGUCCUCCGACACUUCGCCAGCUACGACCACCACAACAACAGAAGCCACGACGACAACCACAACAGAAGAGGCGACUACCAAGAAGCACCAUCGCCGCAUCCAUCGCAGGCGUAUAGUGAUUAUCCGUAGAGAGAGACGCGGCGGGGAUAACAGGAGGAACAGGAGGAACAGGAGACUUAGGCGUGAAGGUGGAAGCGGUGGGGACGUGAGGCGUGUACGUGUUCAUGAGCGUCGCAGAGUGCGCUUGGGCCGAAGGUUCUCCCGGGUGUAA